AUGUCUGGCCAACUGACUCAACCGUCACCCUCCUUCUCUCAGCAGGGUCAGGUGGAUUGGGUCGCUCUUUCCAACUCGUCUGUCAAUUUUUCGGUCGCAGCCCUGGCCAGGUUCUCUAGAGCUGGCGUUGACGCGCUUACGGUGCAGAUGGGCAGAACCUUAGGCUCGAUAUUCCGCCUUGCACCUCACGUACAGGAAGAAAUGCACAGGGCUAUCCGAGCACUAAAGAGAUACGGGUUAUGUCAGGAUGUGUUAUGGUUCGGUUUUGGUGUCAAGCAAAUCAUCACCGAUUUCUCGGAUACUGAGGAGGGAUUGUCCUUUAUCACCCUUUGCUCGGCUUUGCUAACGACCUUUGAUUCUGCGUAUGUCGCUCGUGUUCUGCGGGAAAUGUGCCUCAGGCUAAAGUCUCCGGAAGGCUUCACGCCAUCUAUCCUACAGUGGAAGCUCCUUGUCGACAUAUGUUCAGGGAUACUGAUUGGCUCACACUUUAGUCGCGUACUGCAUGGAUUUUGUUUCACGACCUUGGAUUCGGUCUGGAACGCCAGUCGACGGCAAAUGGACCCAGAAACGUUUGCUGAGGCAUUGCUGGAGGCAACUCUAGUACACCGUGGAUCUACCGAAAGUCUUGUUUUCUGCGGCAAUGCUGAUUGUUCGUUGCUUGCAGCCUUUGCAGAGCAGUUCCUCUGCCUCGAUAUUUCUAUCUUUGGCACCGGCCGUACAGUCCUGCACAGGUCUCAGAAAAGACACAGCGACUUCCCACAAUUGACAUUCAUACGUGACGCAAAUGACAUUGAAGACUUCGCGAUGACCCAAAAAUUGACGCUUUCACCAGUCAAUCAUAAGCUAGUGCAGAUCGAACGUAAUGGUAACGUCAUAAUGAAUGUGUGUUUACGCUCGUCCUGGGACACGGUCUUGCAAGACGCUUUUGGCGAGAGUCUUGCUUUCUGGCUAUCUGAAAAGUGGUCACCUUUCUUACUCCCCUUGGUUCAACGCAUAGGGUCAGGUAAUUCAAUCGCUGAAAGGUAUUACCCCCUUUUCGAAACAGUUACCACCUUAUCCGAGGCACUUCCACAAACGUUUGGGACAAAACAGAGCAGGGAUAUGCCUCAUCAUGUCCUGAAGAUGUUACCAGAGCUUAGGCAAUGCCCUUUCGACACAUCUCUAGCUGAUGACGACGAGCUAAAAGAAAUGUUAUACCUGGCACCUACCUGCAUGCAUUCAAAUUCGACGUUUUGUCAGGGUGGGGAGUGUAAGAUGUCAGUCCUUGGCGCCAUAAGCAUCUUCGUCCGGGUUCUGGCGUCGUCCGAUAUUGAUGAGGAGGUCACACCGUCUAGUCUUGGUCUGGUUCACCUCCGCAAUCUGCUCUUUAACUCUCCGACGGAUUCGAGUAAGUAUAAGAAUCGGACAAGUCCCGUACAAAUGGUCCAAGCUAUCUUUACUGGCCAACUUCUUGAGAUAGCAGACCAUGUUAUUGGAGUUCCCGCUGAGUCAGGUCGAGGUAUUUGCGUGUAUCGCGCUGGCAUUGAAAACCCAUCUAGCGAGCUUGAUACGGCCUUGAGGCUUCAAAUUGUCCGGUAUGUGCUUUCCAAUUACGGUGACACCUCAAGAAUCGCAAAUGAUUAUUUCAGAGGAUACCUCGCGAGCAACCAUCAACAAUACAGAAGAUUAAUCGAUUUACUUGACAAUCCUUAUGAUUCUGUCUGGUCCAGUAAGGAGAUACAAGUCUCAAAUCAACAAUAUCAGAAGCCAUGGCUGCCGCAAGCAUCUGGCGCCAUCCAUAGAAGGCUCUUGCUUAAGGAGACCGAAAAGAUCUCGCAAUUGGAAAUCGCAUACAAGAUGCACUGUCCUAGCGUGCAUGCCAACGAACAAUGGGCAAAAGUUGGCCUGGAGCAUAUGAUGAAAACUUUCAACGCCGUCACCCAUCAAGCAGAGUGCGGUGCAUGGUGUCAGACGUUUGCUUGUCUGCUUGAUGACAACACACUACAUCAACCAAUGAUGGACUCGAAACGUCUCCAAAUUACCUACAAGCGACCAGAGGUUGAACGAAUCCAAAGGAUGCUCCGAGAAGUCAUCGUUCCACAAAAGCAUUUUAUCUUGGGGUACACCGCAAGAGAUGCAGAUAUGCGUUCUGCAAGCCGCCAAGACAAAGGCUGUCAUCUCUACGUUGGUGAUCCUUAUGUACUCUACCUCCAAUGGCUUCUCCAAUCUGAUGGAACCCACAACAUAUUUCUUUCUGCGUUUACGAACUGCCUCGCUUGCGUGAUCAGGGGUAUGGUGAGGCACAAACAUUAUGAUUAUGACAAACGCUUGAUGAAUGAUGGAAAUAUCGACGAAGGAACUGUCAGUGCCUUCCAUUUCAAUGGUCUGAACGACAAAGAAGAAGUUCUUGACUUCACCUGCGGCGCCCUGGGAAAGGGAAUCCACCGCGAUUGCAUGGUGGUGACUUCGAAUACCGGAAGGACGAAUAUAGAUCAGGUGCCCGUAGGGUUGGCAGAGAAGCAGUCCGAGGAGCAAUUCGAAGAGGAGGCCGAGGAGAAGGCCGAGGAGGAGACAGAGGAGGAGGCAGGGGACCACCCGAAAAAGGAAUCAGAUGAUGAGUAG